AUGUCUGCCGCUUCGUCUCCCACUCGAUCGACGAAAAGUCCUUCGCCGGAGACCACCCGCGUCCCUUCUGUAGCCAAAUGGGGCGCCGCCUGCGCGCCGUGUGCGACGGCAAAAGCAAAGUGUCUUCGAUCCCAUACGACGCCCGGGUCAAAGUGUGAUAGAUGUGAGCGGCUCUUCAAGCAUUGUUCGGUUCAGAUACACAGGCCAAGGAAGAAGAGGCAAAGCAGGCCGUCGAAAACAACACAGCUUGAAGAGCGUCUCAACCGCCUGGUCAACACCCUACGAGUAUCAGGAAACGUGUCCACCCUCCCGAGUGGCCCAUCCACCGGCCAGCCAGUGUUGCCUGGCCCAUCAAGACACUCAUACCCAAUCUGCAAUCCGCCAGUCUCCCUACUCUCAGGACAACCAAUACCGGCGGACUUCUACUCCCAAAGCCGCGUCUCACCUUGGGACGUCGAAGACCUCUCCGACGUCAGGCCCAUCAACAUCCCCGAGACCUACAACUCCUUCGUGCCCCCAACAUGCAUAUGCAAGCCCGAGCCGGGGGAAGCCCCGCCGCCUCCCGACACGGACGAGAACCUCCUCAAGAUCUACCGCACCAAGCUGGCGCCGUGCUUCCCCUUCGUGCUGGUGCCGGAUGACGUCUCUGCCACUACGCUCGGCGCGACGAGGCCGUUCCUGAUGGCUGCUAUACGCAUGGUCUCGUCUUACCGAAGCAUGAAAUCGAUGCGGGGGCAGAUGUAUCGUCUCUUGAACCACGUUGCUGACCACAUGCUCCUGCGAUCCGAGAGGUCGUUUGAUUUGCUGCUUGGGUUGGUGGUUAUGCUGGGCUGGUUUCAUCAGCAUUGCAUCGCUCACGCUCAGCUUAACCAGCUUGUCUCGUUGGCUACGUGUCUUGUUGGUGAGCUGGGGCUUAAGAGGAGCCCUUGUUUGCCGGAGCGGACGAGGUUGUUGGUCAUGCGUCCUUGGGAGUUGCGGGAACGUACGAAUGAGGAGCGGAGGUUGCUGUUGGCGGUGUGGUAUCUCAGCUCAUGCAUCUCAAUGGACAUUCACCAGAUUGAUUCUAUGAGAUAUUCGGGGUACAUGCAACAGUGUUUGCGAGAGCUUGAAGAUGAUGUAGAGUAUGAGUCGGAUAUACAUCUCGGAUACAUCGUUCGGAUACAAAGGCUCUGCGAGAGGAUCUCGGACCUGAGGUCAAAAGACUAUCUCGACGAAGAAGGGGAUGAGAGUACUCGGGCGCCUCUCUCAGCCUACGUCUCUGGCUUCAGAGCGGAGUGGAACAAACUCCAGACUAGCCUGCCCCCUACCUUGAAGAAUAACGUAAGAAUGGCCACCCUACGGCUUCGCAUCCACGAACCCCCCAGAAUCGACGCCGAGCUCCUGGCCUCCCUCUCCAAAUCCCUCGACUCCAUCAGCGCAGGCUCUACAUCCGCCCUCGACGCCUUCUACCAAUCCAACGCAGCCCUCAAAGCCUGGUUCGAAACCUGGCUCUCCGUGCCUCAAGAAUUCUUCUACUGCAUCCCCAUCUCGAUAGCCUCGCACAUGGUUUACGCCGUUAUGAUGAUGAGUCGCUGGUCCUGGCUUACAACAAGAGGCAAAACGCCGCCCGAGCCGCAGACAGACCCGUCGGACCCGUCAAAGGAUAACCCCAAUGUUGCACUGGCGGCCAUGGAAGCUGCCAUCAGCCCCAAUACCCCCGCGUCUACGUCAACCCCGUCGGCUGAGACGAAGGGCUCCUCGCCGUGGCAGACGACGUUGCCCGAUAAGGAUCUGCCUCAGGUGCUGGCUGCGCUCAAGGCGCGUCUUUCUACGCAGCCUGAUCUAAUGCUUGAUGUGGAGGGGUACCUCAACCGAAUCGUGGCUCAGCUACAGACUAUUGACGCAUUGUACUCCGAGAUGUCUGUCGACGAGGGUGAGUGGCGCGGCAACAUCUGGAGCCUGGGUGCGACGAAAGUCAAGAUUGCGAUGCUGAGGCAGCAGAGGUGGUCCAAGGUUAUUACCUCACAGGCGGAGGAGCGGGAGCUCGAGAUCCAGGGCGCGGGAGGCGAGCAGCUUGGGCUUGGUGAGAUUGAGAUGCAGGAGAACUUCCUUGCCUCGUUGCAGAUGCCCGAGUGGGAUGCGAGUAUGGUCUGGGAUCCGCACACUUAUUAUGAUCCCAUGCCUCAGGACCCGGCGCUCUGGAGUGAGGUUGUUCCCGGGGAUCAGGACUGGGGGACGAUGGGGUCGCUGGGACACAUGCCGGAGGGGAGAUAUAUGUAA